AUGGCAACAGAAGGUCCUAGUAGUACUGAGGAUGAUGAAGUGUACUCUGACCUCUAUUCUGCUUAUUCCCAGCUGACUGAUACGACGGCCAAAGACAUAGACCAUCGGCGAUACCCUUUGAAUUGCAAGACCGUAAAGAUUUAUUUAGUAGCUUCAAUUGGCGGGCUUCUCUUCGGGUAUGAUACUGGUGUAAUCGCUGGGGUAUUGCUGGGACUGAGGCCUCAGGACCUUGGGCUUGACAAUUUAGGUGAUUUCAAUAAAGAGCUUAUUACGGGCAUUACAGGCAUUGGUUCCGUUCUCGGGUCUAUUGUGGCAUUUCCAACUGCUGAUUAUCUGGGGCGCAAAAUCGCCCUUGCGCUAUGUUCGAUAAUUUUCUGCAUUUCGGCUGUCAUAAUGGCUCUCUCCACCAGCCUUUUUACCCUAGUUACCGGCCGUCUCGUUGUGGGCGUUGCAGUAGGUAUUGCAGCGCAAUGCGUACCUGUGUAUCUAAGUGAAGUAUCGCCAAGCUCCGUAAGGGGAUCUGUGAUGACAAUUAACUCUAGUGCAAUAACAGGAGGACAACUUAUUGCAUGUGUGGUUGCCUGGAUACUGAGCGGGAAACCUCAUUCUUGGAGAUAUUUAUUUGGGCUGAGCGCCAUUCCGGCAAUUGUGUUAAUGUGCCUCCUAAAGUUUAUCCCGGAGUCCCCAAGGUGGCUGCUCCUUGGUGACAAGCCCCAGUUAGCGCGGGAAGCACUCGAGGUCAUAUAUGCAGAUGCCUCGGAUCUGGAGAUAUCCAACAAGCUACUCAAAAUGGUUCGCGAUUUGACCAAGCUGCGAUGCUACCAGGACGAAAGCCAGCCUUUUAUUAGUAGAGCGCCAGGUAUUAACAAAAGGCUCAGCUCAAACUCGUCGCUAGAUUAUGCUUCGCAUGCACGGAGUAUUCCACCUAGUAAUAGGAGUGUUCAGAGACCCGUCUCUUCAAAAAAACACAAAAUGGAACCUCGGACGCGCCGAGCACUUUUUGUGGGGUGUAUUCUGAUGUUUUUCCAGCAGGCCACUGGAUUUAAUGCCUUUAUUUACUACUCGCCAGUCAUCCUCGCCCGAAUAGGUGUCAGCAACCCUCUUUUGCCUGCAAUUGCUAUUGCAGCUGUCAAUUUCAUUUUCACAGGCGUUGCAAUGCAGGCAGUUGACCGUUGGGGUCGGAGAAAUACACUCCUGUACACAAUUUGGAUAAUGGCUUUGGGUUUAAUUGUGGGUAGCGUAGGGCUGCAAUACGGCAAUCCAGCCCUCUUUCUAGCAUCCCUUCUGGUAUACGUAGCUGGCUAUGCGUCCGGUUUAGGGUCUAUUCCAUGGCUGAGUGUCGAAUUUUUACCGCUUAAUCAGCGGUCAUUAGGUGCCUCUGUUAUCGCUUGCACGAAUUGGCUCACCAACUUUGGCAUUUCAAUAUCGUUUCUUUCUACAAUGACCUUUGUUGGCAGUCAAGCAAGUAUGCUUAUAUUCGCAGCAAUAACCACAGUAUCUUGGCUAUUUGUAUGUUUUUGUUAUCCGGAAGUCAAGGGUCUUUCUCUUGAAGAGAUCGGUCAAAUAUUUGAGGAGGGCGUCGACAUUCAUUACGUUUACAGAAAGUAUCACUAA